CUGGUUAGUCUCAGAGUGGGCAGCACUAGUAUUGGACAUGUGCUAAUAGCAUUGACGGUUGUGGUGACUUUUUGUGAUUUGUGACUGUGUUUUGUGAUGUUGCUCGGUGUAAUGCCCGAAGACAGCGUCCCUGGAGGACUCCUCGUGCCCACGGCGAAGAGUCAAAGGGCUACGGACUUUUCUAUCGCUGCCAUUAUGGCCCGUGUUGCGUCGCCGCCGGAUGGCGAACGCCUCAUAGCCAGAGAGUCUCAAACCGACGGUAGUCUUUCGCGUUUGAGUUCCCCGGAUCUAGACGAUCCUCUAGAAGAUGACGACGUAGAGGUAGACGUAGAAGAAUGUUCAGAUAGCGAAUCGUCACGAGUGAUAAAAUCCAAAAUACUAAGACAUAGUCCAGCCAUUUCAGAUUGCGGAUCAGAAGCGGCGGAUCUUGAUAGAGAAUCGCCUGACAUUGUUCCCGAAAAAAAUUCACCGAAAACCCCGAAAAUACUUUGCAAUUGUGAGGAACUGUUAAAUGUCGAGUGUCAUCUUGAAACUAAAGAUCUUUGGGACAAAUUCCAUGAAUUGGGAACGGAGAUGAUCAUCACCAAAACGGGAAGGAGAAUGUUUCCCACAUUAAGGGUAUCCUUUACCGGUAUUCGAUCGGACCAAAGGUAUGCAGUACUGCUAGACGUUGUACCGGUAGACAACAAAAGGUACCGAUACGCGUACCACCGGUCAUCAUGGUUAGUUGCCGGAAAAGCCGAUCCACCCGCACCCAAUAGGCUCUACGCGCAUCCAGACUCUCCUUACUCUGGAGAGCAACUCAGGAAACAAGUGGUGUCUUUCGAGAAAGUGAAACUUACUAAUAACGAAAUGGAUAAAAAUGGACAGAUUGUCCUGAACUCGAUGCACAGGUAUCAGCCGAGAAUCCACCUGGUGAAAUGGCGAGAACAUUCGGGCCCCAUCAGCGAUCUCGAGUCUGAGCAGUAUAGGACGUUCAUAUUUCCUGAGUCUGUUUUCACGGCAGUAACGGCAUAUCAAAACCAGCUCAUCACCAAAUUGAAAAUCGAUUCUAACCCAUUCGCCAAGGGGUUCAGGGAUUCUUCACGACUCACCGACUUUGACAGGGAACCCAUGGACAGCCUCUUCAUGGACCAACACUUCCUGCGAUCGUCUCUGCGUUUAUACUCAGGUGAUUCACUAGAUAACGAAAACAACAACGCUUCGUCUUUCUUCUCAGCCGCUAUGGUUGAAAAAGCCAGAGCCCAACUCCAGAUGUGGGGUCGAGCAGGUGGCGCUUACAAUCCCAGUGAGUUACAUGCUUUCCUCCUUAACAGUACCCCAAAUCAACAAGUGUUCCUAAGCCAAAGACAGACCGUACCGCUCGGUAUCCCGAGCCACCUCUGGAAUCAAGGUGGUGGGGCCGCGUGGCAAAGCCCUAUACACAGCGGGUUGCCACCAGGUUUCCUAGGACCUCCUGGAUCGCAUAGGCAUCAAAUUACUCCGCCGCCCGCAUCAACGCCAAGUUCAUCGGGUUCCCCUUCUCCAACUUCGAUGAGUAUGAGUACCUCUAGUGAUUUGAGGUUACCUAAAGCGAUGUUUCCUUCGGCAAUACAUCACAGGUUUAGUCCCUACGCGUCGAUAUCUAGGCCGCUUGGGCCUUCAUUGAGUCCUCCUUCGAGAUCUAGUAAUUGAUGUUAGGGCUUCUUAGUUAUCUUGGGGUUGAGUAUCAAAUUGCGAUAUUUUAUUUGUAUAAAUAUAGAGAAUAUAAUUAAUCAUUUAUAGUUAUUAAAAC